AAUCAUACAGCCAUGUUUUCCAUUGAUUUUUUUCCCUCACUUGAUCUUGUUAGCUCUUCAAUAGCAGGAUCAUUAUUGUUUAUAGUAUUGUCUCUCUGUUAUUUCAUCUUUCUUGGUGGUGCUGGAGCUCAACAUAGGCUUAAUAAACCGCCCGAACCGAGCGGAGCCUGGCCUGUGCUGGGUCACCUCCUUCUUUUCCGAGGUCCCAAACUUUUCCACUUAGCACUGUCUGACAUGGCCGACAAAUAUGGUCCAAUUUUCAGCAUCCGUCUUGGACUUCACCAGUCUGUUGUGGUUAGCAAUUGGGAGUUGGCCAAAGAACUGUCCACCACUCACGACCUAGCCGUGGCAUCGCGUCCUCAAUUGCUAGCAGGAAAGCACUUGGGCUACAACUAUGCUCUGUUGGGCCUUUCUCCAUACGGCUCAUACUGGCGCGAAAUUCGAAAAUUUGCGAUGUUGGAGUUGUUAUCUAUGCGUCGACUGAACUUGCUCGGGCACAUAAGGGUCUUUGAGACAAAGGCAUCAAUUCAACAACUUUAUAAGUUAUGGGCGGAUAAAGGAGGUAUUGACAACUUGAAUUUGACUACUGGUUUUGGUACUGCUGGUGUCAUGGUGGAGAUGAGGCAAUGGAUAGCAGACUUAACAAUAAACGUUAUGUUUAGAAUGAUUUAUGGAAAGAGAUAUUCUGGGGGAGGUGUUGACAUGGAUGAAGCUCGAAAGUGUCAAAGAAUUUUACAGAAGAUGAUGCAUCUGAUUGGUUUAAAUGUGGUGGGAGACAUGAUACCAUGGCUUCGAUGGUUAGAUAUAGGAGGUCACGAGAAGGCCAUGAAAGAAACAUCAAAAGAAUACGACAAUCUCUUGGAGGAGUGGCUAGAAGAGCACCAUGCUCGGCGGAGGGGACAAAACGGUUCGGACAAAGGAGAUUGUGAUUUUAUGGACGUGAUGAUCUCAAUGCUUAAAGAUGCAGAAAUAGAGGGUUACGAUGCUAAUACCAUUAACAAAUCUACUUGCUUGAAUAUGAAUCUUGGGGGAGUAGACACCACCGCCACCAUGCUUACAUGGACUCUUUCUUUACUCAUUAAUCAUCCCCAUGCGUUGAUGAAGAUUGAAGAAGAAUUGGACAUCCAUGUGGGCAAAGGAAGGCUCGUGGAGGAGUCUGAUAUUCCCAAUUUGGUAUACCUCCAAGCUGUUAUCAAAGAAUCGCUAAGGCUAUAUCCACCUGCUCCACUAGCAUCCCCAAGAGAAGUCACACGAGAUUGUGUGGUCGGUGGCUAUCACGUGGCGGCAGGGACAAGGCUCUUUUUAAACGUGUGGAAACUCCAUCGCGAUCCUAAGAUAUGGUCGGAGCCAUUAGAGUUUCGUCCAGAGAGAUUCAUGACUACCCAUAGAAACAUAGAUAUCCGUGGCCUGAAUUUUGAGCUGAUUCCUUUUGGUUCUGGUAGGAGAGUGUGCCCUGGAAUAAACUUUGGCAUGCAAAUGGGGCACUUGGUCCUGGCUAGCUUGUUGCAGUCUUUUCAGCUCUCGAAUCCUAACAACGAACUUGUCGAUAUGACUGCGGUUGAAGGAUUGACAAUAUCCAAAGCUACCCCUCUUGAAGUGAUCAUCACUCCUAAGCUUUCUGGUGAUCUUUAUGCCUGGAACUCCUCUGGGGGAUCAGGUUAAAUUACGAAAGUGAAACUCCUCCUCCGGGGAACAAUUAAGAAUAGACUUUAUCACCUGCUGUCAAUUAUGUUAAUUUUUAAAAUU